AUGGCUCGACCAAAGCGAGAGAUGCGCGCAAUUGUGGAGGAGUCAACUACGCCCCCCGACCAACUCAAAGAAGCGCAGUCGCUCGCAAGAGUGAUCAAAGCCGAGGGCAACAACCUCUACACCUGUUCUCUUCCCAACCAGCGCACCAUCCUUGUCGAACUCGCUACGCGCUUCCGCAAUACCGUCUGGAUUAGGCGUGGGGGGUUUGUCCUCGUACAUCUGACUCCCCCCGAGGAGCGAAAGGGUAAAGUGGAGGGUGAGAUUGUGAACGUUGUGGGCAUCGAGAAGGAAUGGCGCAAACAGAGCUACUGGCGAGUAAACUCGGCGUUGUCGCCUAAAGAGUUUGCACGAUUUACCUAUGAGGAUGACGAGGAUGAAGACUCGACUGUAGGCAAGAUGCCGGCGUCGGAUUCGGAAGAUGAGAACUGA